UUGUCCAAAAGAAAGCGGCAACACACGGAAAUGCGAAGAACCACGCGUGUAGUGGAUAAUUCAUAUGUGUUAAAAGGCAAAUAAGGUGACCGUGGUAAUGAACUGCGAUGUUGAGAUCUACCGGAUUCUUUCGUGGCAUUGACUGCCCGUUUUAUUGUGAUAAAGGGAAAGCCGGUACAUAUGGGUGCAGCAGACCCUACUGUCACUUCAGACACAGCAAACAAAGGCGAGCAUCCGCUGGGAUAAACGAUAGCAGAAAGACAAAAGCCCUUUCGGCGAGUUCAAACGAUCAAGGAUAUGAUCCAUUCAGUCCGGAGGUUGAAAGACCAGGAGAAAAUUGUAAUGAGGAGCCAGCAUCGAGCCUGUCAGAGGAUCAGGAUGUGGAACUGGGCACCAAGGAGCUGGAGCUGGUCAAUAGGGCCAUUGAGGCCGUUCGCAUUGAGAUGGAUAGAGACAAGAAGAAACUCUCUCAGAUUGGAGAUCAGGAAUAUGAGCCCACAACUAGCUCUUUUAAGAGACAUAGACCCACUGCUGCAUCGUCCCAUCAGGGCUAUGAUCCUGGGAGCUAUCAGAUGGGCCAAGCAAAUGAAUACAACCCUACCCCACGCUCCAGUAAAUACACUUUGGACUCCGAGAACAGUAGUUGCAAUGCGCUGAAGUACGUGCCAACAGCUGUCUCCAAAACGAGCAUUAAAAAGUUGUUACCUCCACCACCGUCUCGUUUGAUGCCACCUCCUACUGUCAACACCAGGUCUGGCAAGUGUAAAUACACGCUGGAUAAUUCCAAACCCUCAACGAAUAUGGAGUAUGACCCUCUUUUAAACUACUCGGCUAAGCUAACUGUUAAAGAACAGAGGGCUUUGUGUUCAAGGGAAGAGGGGAGAAAGAGAUUUCACCCCACAGAAAGGGAAAAACAAUCUGUGGAUGAGGAAUAUGUUCCGAUGGUAAAGAAACCAAGGCCAUUGCCGCCUAAGGCAGACAUCCCAAAAUACACUGCUAGUUUGUCUGAAUCCGAUGAAGAAAGUUCCGGCACAGAGUAUCGUCCGAAAUCCAUAAGUCGACUGCAGCUCAAGGGAAUCCAUGCAGGCUUGAAACAAGCAAGAGUGUCCGGUGAUGGAAAUUCUGGUACAUUGAGACAACAAAAAAAGGAAGACUCUAAAACAGAGGAUGUCUUCUCACUGAGUGAAUCGGAAGACUUUGUGUCCCAGGACGUGGACAGGACAUGCAAAAAAAUGACUGAAAAAGACCAGUUGAAAAGCAAUAAAUAUGAAAAACUUAAAAAAGAGGUGAAAGACUUAAGUAAAAAGAGUAACAGUCACAAAGAAAAACAAGGAUGUUCCAGUAGAGACAAGACGUCAAAGAAUUCAAGUAAGGGGAGUAUGAAAAAAGACAAGACCCAAGGUAAUAUUGUGGAGGGGAGCCGCAAACCUAAAGAAAAGUCUUCGGAGGAGGUUUGGAAAGAAAGUACGGAGGCAAAGCACAGUGUUGACAAGAACAAGCAGUCAGGGAAGGUGAAAAGUGACCACAGCAACAAGGAAAAAGAUAAAGGAAGCAGCAACUCCAAGAAGCCCAGAACAGACAAGCCAGUGAAAACUGACAAGGAAUCAUCCAAAGACAACAAGAAUGGAAAACUUGAGACCUGUGGAAAGGAGGAGCAAAAGAAGAGCAGCAGAAGCAAUAAAGAAAAAAGUACAAAAAACAGCUCAGCCUCCAAUCAAAAAGAGGCAAGAGAGACCAAACAGAGGAGUCUAAGGCAUGUGGAUUUGUUUGGUGCCGAGAGUGCUGAGGAGGAAGACGAGAGGAUAGUGAGGAAGUCGGCUUCUGCUUUUAAAUGGGGAAGCUUAGUAAAUAAGAAGAGGAAAACCUCAGAAGUUACAUCAUCAUCUGAAGAUUAUUAUGAGGAUGAUGAAGAUGGUGGUGGAGAUGAUGAUGUAGGAGUGGACUACUCUGGCCUGCAUGCUGAGAUGGAGUAUGACUUGGACCCGAUGGAGGAGUGUCUGCGGAUAUUUAAUGAAUCUAAAGAGGUGAAGAUGGAAGAUAAAGGGAGAAAUGCCAAGCAGCCUUCGCAGGAGCAAGAGGAGGAGGAAGAAGACACCGAAGGCACUUUAUCGACUCUCUUUCCUGGCCAGAAGAAGAGGGUGUCACAUUUUAAAGCUCAAGGAAAAUCACUGAACGCUGUGCCGAUACUGCAUCGGAGGCCGACUGCGCCGGAGAUCUGUUACCAGCACAUGCAGAAUGCCCAGCAGCAGGCAGCACAGCUGGCUGCCGCAGUAAAAACUGCAUCUGCUUCCACCAAACCUGUUCUGGGGAUCUCUGGAGCAAAACAGAGGGUGGCACACUGGCCAAAUGCCUCCCUGCCCUCCCCAAAGCCUGGCUUAGCUAAUUCCAGCAGACGGGUGUUAUCACCCACCACGACGGUGACCCUUCAGCUUCCUGUGAAAGCUCAUACAUCAGCUGGCAUCCUGUCAAAGACCACAACCACUUCAUUGCAGAAGAGAGUGGCUCAUGCCCCUACACUCAAGAGCUCUACCUUGAAGCGUCCCAUCAUUCCUGCUGAAUUUGGGGCAAAGGUGCCAACUAAUGUCCGCCAGCGUUAUCUCAACAUCUUCAUAGGCGAGUGUCUGAAGUUCUAUCCCUCUGAACAAGAAGCUUUUCAGACAGCUCUGGAGGAGAAGGUGGUGUAUGACAGAAGCAGCAGUAAGAACAUUUACCUGAAUGUAGCUGUGAACACACUGAAGAAACUCCGCAGCAAGACCACACCUGUGUCUUCUGCCCUCAUGCCAGGAGGUUGGGAGACCCUUUAUAAUUGCUGUUCUGGUGCGGUUGGUUCUCCUGGAUGUGAGGUAGCAAAACAACAUGUUCAAGAUGGGCGUAAAGAGUCUUUAGAUGGUUUUGUGAAGACCUUUAGCAAACGGCUACCUGCUGAUGGGAAUGGAGUUGUCUAUGCCUUGGACUGUGAGAUGUGCUACACGAAACAAGGCUUGGAGCUGACCAGGGCGACUGUCAUUAACUCUGAGCUCAAGGUCAUGUAUGAUACGUUUGUCAAGCCGGUGAGCAAAGUGGUGGAUUACAACACACGGUUCUCGGGUGUGACGCAUGAUGAUCUGGAGAACACCACCAUCACCCUGAGGCACGUGCAAGCGGUGCUACUGAGCAUGUUCAGUGCUGAAUCCAUUCUAAUUGGACAAAGUCUAGAGAGUGACCUCUUUGCCCUUAAGCUUAUUCACAGCACGGUCGUGGACACAGCCAUUGUGUUUCCCCAUCGCUUGGGUCUGCCCUACAAACGGGCACUACGAAACCUUAUGGCUGACUACCUCAAACGAAUCAUACAGGACAAUGUAGUGGGGCAUGACUUCAGUGAGGAUGCGGGCGCCUGCAUGGAACUCAUGAUCUGGAAGAUCAAAGAGGACGCAAAGCUGAAGAGAUGACCUUUGACCCCGCUGGCUCUUUGUCGCUACAUUAUGACCUGGAUGGAUUUUUGAUGAAGAAAGUGGCAUAGAGUUUGUGAAGCCCUUCAUAAUGGGUUGUGCGUCACUUGGCUCGGAUGAACUGCUUCAGAUUAAUAAUGCAGUCUUAAUGAGAGAGAGUGAGCGAGCAAUGGACUGACACAAAGUGGAGGAGACCUGUGGGGAUGAAGUGUUAGAUUGCAAAGUCUAGGCCACCAUGGCUUCUAGCCACCUGAGCUGGUCUUCUAUCAAAGCAAUCUGUGGAACAAGCCUAACACCCACCAUGCUUAAACAGACCUGGUUCUGGCCAUCAUGUCUUCAGUUUAGAUGUAAAGUGAAAGUUCACCCAAAACUGGAAAUUCUGUUGUAAUUUACUCAUUAACAUCAUUUUGUUUCAAACUCGUAUGGCUUUUUUCUUUGAAACCCAUAAUGAGAAAUAAUGUGCUAUUAAGCUUCAAAAAGGAUGAAUGCUAACCUCAGUCACCAUUCACAUUCAUUGUAUGAAAAAAAAAAAAUAAAUGCAAUGAAAGUGAAUGGUGACAAAGUAACAUUCUGGCUAACAUCUCCUUUUGUGUGCCACAGAAGAAAGUCACAGGUUUGGAACAACAUGGGUAAGUAAAUGAUGGCUUUUAUAACUAUCCCUUUAACCCAUUGAAAAGGAAUUUGUUAUUUAUUGGGUUAGUGGACUUUUUGUUGAAUUAAAACUGUAUUCUCUAUUUUUGAAAAAUGUCUUCAGUUUUGAUGCCGUUUUAAUGUCAUUUUUGAUGAUGUGGCUUCAGGUAUCCUUUAUGGAAGGUUUAAGCGUUGCACUCUAAGGAAGUUUGUACUUGUAAAAUGUAUGAUUUAGCUAUAUAUUGAACCCUUAAUUAUACUUGAAACCAUGUUUUUCAGCACUGAUGUGAUGUCACAUCCACUAGUAAUAAUGUAUAGCAAUUCACAUACUCAUAAAUGCUGUCUCUAACUGCAAAUAUGUAAAAAUAGAUUUUUCUGUGGCAUUCAUGACCCAAUGCCUUGUUAACCGGGACAGUAUUAAUAUCUGUUCUAUAAUUAAUACUUAUAUUGAGAAUUUGUUUACAUGUUUAAAUUUGUUAUUGAUUGUUCACCUAAUUCAUGAAC